CCAACUCGGCGUUUGUGUCUUAUCCAGAUCCCCUUACGGACUCCCCGAUCUAAGAGGGUGGUAAAGCAAGUCACCCCACUGUACCGCCGACGAGCCCUGGAAAGCUGGGGAAAUGGCCGUCUCUCUUCCUUCUUCGUCGCCGCUGCCUGCUUCUUUACCCUCCAAUCUCUUAACUCGUUCUCGGCUCCUCUCACCCCUCUCUCAUGCUCUGCAAUUGAAGCGCAGUUUCUCCCUCCGAUCAUCGUCCCUGAGGGUCGGCGCUUUCGCCGCCGAUUCUUCUUCGGCUGUCGGUUCCGAGUUGAGCACGGAGCUGGAUGCGGUGUCGCGCUUCAGUGAGAUCGUCCCGGAUACUGUCGUCUUCGAUGACUUCGAAAGGUUUCCACCGACAGCUGCCACUGUGAGUUCGUCGCUCCUCCUAGGCAUUUGCAGCCUCCCUGACACCAAAUUCAGAAGUGCGAUAGAGACUGCCCUGGCUGACAGCGAAUGCUAUGAGCAGGAUGAUCCCAAUGACAGGCUUUCUUGCUUCUGUGACAAGGCUCUUGUCAAUGUCGGAGCGGACUUGGCCAGAUUAGUUCCUGGUCGUGUAUCAACCGAAGUAGAUGCUCGUCUCGCUUUUGAUGCACAUGGCAUUGUUAGAAAGGUUCAUCGUCUUUUACGGUUAUACUAUGAACUAGAGGUACCUUCAGAGCGUCUGCUUUUCAAAAUUCCAUCUACCUGGCAGGGCAUAGAAGCUGCAAAGUUACUGGAAUCUGAAGGAAUACAAACACAUUUGACCUUUGUCUACAGCUUUCCUCAAGCAGCAGCUGCUGCACAAGCGGGUGCAUCUGUCAUCCAAAUUUUUGUUGGUCGCAUUAGGGACUGGUCUAGAAAUCAUACUGGUGAUCCUGAGCUAGAUGCUAUCUGCAGGAAAGGGGAAGAUCCUGGAUUAGAGCUUGUGGCUAAAGCAUACAAUUAUAUUCACAAAUAUGGACAUAAAUCAAAGUUGAUGGUAGCUGCAAUUCGCAAUAAGCAGGAUAUAUUUAGCCUACUGGGAGUUGACUAUAUGAUUGCGCCUUUGAAGAUAUUGCAGUCUCUAAAAGAAUCAAUCACCUAUCCAGAUGAAAAGUACUCGUUUGUGAGGAAAUUAUCUCCUAGCUCAGCCAUGCCAUACAAUUUUAGUCAAGAAGAGCUUGUGAACUGGGAUCAAGCGAGCUUUUCGUCUGCCAUGGGACCUGCUUCGAAAGAGCUCCUUGCUGCAGGGUUGGAAGGUUAUGCAAAUCAAACUAAGCGUGUCGAGGAGCUCUUUGGGAAAAUAUGGCCACCUCCUAAUGUCUAGUUAUCCUUUGAAUAAGCUUGCAGAAAAGAGUUGCUCUCUUCCUCGGACUAGUAAAUUUACUUCAUGCAGUUGCACCUGCCGAGUUGCUGUUAUGUUUGGUAUUUGAUAACCAACCCUUUUUAAGAGAAACCAAAGACCACCUCAGCAAGAAUCAGUGAAUUACCAAUAUCAAGAAUGAUCUUCAACAGUGAAGGGGUCUCUCCAACUUGCAUGCAGGUGAAUUCGAUAGAACUUAGUAGCAGCAUACCGUUCUACCUUUGGGUUUUCCUUGUUCUGAAGAACUUUUUUACCUCAUCCAUUGUGUAAUAAAACCUUUGAUGUUGAAGCCACUAUGCGAAUUGUUACUGUUAUGUCAUAUAUUUAAGCAGCAGUCUUCGUGGUUA